AUCCACAAAACCCAAUUUCCCCAACACCCCCUCACCCAAAAAAUAUAAAGCGUUUUCGACUCUCUGCAUUUGUAUUUGUAUUGUUUGCAUUAAAACAAACGGCGUCGAGCGUGGAGGUCGUCUGCCUUGCGCUUUAUAUAUAUAGAUAUCAAUAUAUAUUAUUUGUGAAAUAGUCUGCGUCAUUUGCAUUGCGAGAAGUUGAACUCGAAAUAAAAAGCAGACUCAAAUUGCAGCGAUGGAAUCGGAUACGACGGAAAAAGAAAGUGCGCCAAUGGCGGGCAAAGCAGAGUCAACAGUAGCAGCAGCAGCAACAGCAGCAGCAGUAGCAGCAGCAGCGACGGAGUUGCAAAUCCCGCCGCAAAGUGAAAGCAAAGGCGAAGCGACGCCGCCGCCAAGCAAAAGACUCAAAAUUGUAGGCGAGGAGCAGUUGGAGGCGGAGGAACAGGUGGAGGACGAGGAGGAGGAGCAGACAGAGGCAGCUAAAAAGGAAGUCGAGGAGGAGUCGCCGCCACAAUUGGUUGCCGUUGAGCGGGCGCAAAGCACACAGAGCAGUCUGCGUAAAUUCAAUCAAAUACCCGUUUUUAUUGUGGACUAUCACAACGAUGUGCUGGAGUUCAUCUAUCGCUGUCUGGCCACACGUCAUCUGCCCCUGGAGCGCAAUGUGCUGGUGCAUUUUGACUCGCAUCCGGAUUUGGUUGUGGCACGCGAUAUACCCGCCAGUGCCAGCUACGACAAGGACACCAUGCUCAACGAGCUGAGCAUCGAGAACUGGAUUAUGCCAACGCUCUACGCAGGCCACUUCGAUCGCGUCGUCUGGCUAAAGAACUCGUGGUGCCAGCAGAUACCCAAUGGCAAGCAUGAGUUCAAAAUUGGACACAAGGCGGAUCGCAUUGGGGUCGAUUGUCCGUUGGAUUAUUUCAUAGCCGAGGGCAAUUAUUGCACCAGUGAUGAGCUGCAGGAGGCGCGCACGGUGCAGUUGCAGGUGCACGAUGCCGACACAGAUCAGCUGGAUCCCGCACAGUUUUUGGGCGUGGAGGAUGCAGCGGGUUUUAUACUCGACAUCGAUUUGGAUUUCUUUAGCACAUCGAAUCCGUUUCUGGAGAUCUACAAGGAUGCCAAUUGUUAUGCCCAGCUCACGGAGAUCUUUCACUUUGAGAGCGUGGAGCCGGCAAAGCAGGCGGGCACCGCCACCAUUGCGGACUAUUGUCGAACGGCGGCGAUGCGACAGAAGCAGCUGGAUGCACUUAAGCGCAUCUUUUGGCAUCUGGAGGAGCAGCGCAGCUUUGCGGGGCUGGAGCAGCCGGAUGAGACGGUCAUCACUGCAGAGAUCUAUGCGAAAAUCGUGCAGUUGGCCGAACAGCUGCAGGCCAAGUAUCCGGACGAUGAGAUCGACUGGCUGCUCAUCUUCGACUCCGGCAGCACCACGGACAACAAUGGAUUGCCGCAUCACAUUAGCACCAGCAAGGAGCUGGAGUCGUAUUUUGGCCACUUUAAGCGAUUCCUGCAACGUUUGCCGGUGCCACCAGUGGCCAUAACAAUGGCGCAUUCCGCACAGGAUGACUACUGUCCCCAGGAUCAGGUGGCGUUCAUUGAGGAGCAGGUGCUGCGACUGCUCCACGAUGUCUUUGGCGAUAAACUGCACGAGAAGGCGAUUCUCCACUACAUGGACGAUCCGUGGGACGUGAUGAAGCUCUAAGACAGCCCAGCACUGAUUUAAUAAGAGUUCUGUGCUUCAAUUGGAUGCACUGCAUCCGCCUUUCAGUUUGAGGAGACCCACAGCGACUUGAAAAGUGAUUCCACAACUGCAGCAAGAGAAUAAGAAUUAACUCCACGCUAAUUAUAAAAUACUAAAAAAACCAACAUAUUUUUAUUAAAAAACAUACGAAACGUAUUUAUUAUACACAAAAGAAAAACAAAAAAAAAAAAAAAAAUGAAUGAAAGAUAAAAAGAAUGCGAAAAGAGGAGAAAACGGAUACAAUACAUAAUCUACAAUUAUACAAAGUCCCCUAAGCGUGAUUAUAAAUUUAUCGCAAUAAAAUAGAUGACAAUUAAAUGGAUUUUAUUUGACUUA